UUGAGAAGUCAAAAGUUUGAAGCACUAGUGUAUGACCAUCUAUGCUUUCUGGUCCAAACACUGGCUGCUAUAAUCACUUCUAUUUCAGCCCAUUUGUCAGUAUUGGAUACUUACUGUUGCAGCCUGCAUAUCAUCAUGAAAACUUGGACAGAACAUUGAAAUGAAAAAGGAGAGCCAUAAGGCAUUGCACAACAUUCAAUGUACUCACAUUGGCUCUCCUCUUCCUAUUCUUUUCUCCGUUUUCUCUUUAAAAAUGCCUUUCUCCACUCUCCAGUCCACCUUCUUUUCUUUCUAAUGAUCUCUUUUCCUUUCAUAUCUCUAGAUUUGUGCGCCUGUUUCUCUCCUUUGUAGCCUUGCAAGUUUUCUUACUAGCAUUGCCAAGGAUGAAAAGGCAAUGAGGAAUGCUUGACCUGAUUUGAUCACUGAUCAGUUAAGUGCAGUCAAAUGGAUCAACAGGAGGGGUGGCCUCUUGGUCUCCAGCCUUUAAGUUUGAGGCUUGGAUUGAUAAGGAACUUUGAUUUCUUUGACUCUGUCUCCUUCAGCAGUGCGAACACUGGCUCCUCAAGAUCUACCUCUCUCACUUCAUCAGAUUUUGAUUCAGAGUCAUUUGGAUAUCUGUCCCAGGAGAGAAAUGUUACACUUGGCAGCUUUAUGGGAAUCAGAGGAAGCAUACUGGAGUUGUCAAGAAGACCAUUUAGGAGGAGCAGAAGACAUGAGAGUUUGACAGAGAAGAAGCCGAAGAACAAGCCUUGGUUCUCUCUCUGCACAAAACCUCAGCUUGAGUUCGAGAAGGGAGAUUGCUCUCAAUCUCUUGGCCAGUUUCUUGAGAUGGAGAGGAAAGCUUGCAAUCUUCAUGAAUCUCCAAGAGUUCACUCUGGUAUUUGCCAUACUAAUAACGGUCAUGGACUUCCAUUGAUCUUUCAGUGCAUUGGAAAACGAGUUACUCGUUGAGAAGCACUAAUCAGUUCUGCUUUCUUUGUA